AUGAAGGGAGAAAUGUUGUGCAAUUCCUCAAGCGGUACAUUUUCACAACCGUUUUGCACUCCACCUACAAUUAUUAGCUAUGGGGGCUGUCACUCUUGUAACCGCAUGUUUGCAUCGUUGUUGAGAAAAUAUUAUGGUAGGCAUAACGUUGCUACCCCUUAUUAUCUAGAAACAGGUGGGCAGGUUGAGGUGUCAAACUGGGAAAUUAAAGGAAUUUUGGCAAAAAUCGUUAAUGCAAAUUGGACUGAUUGUUCUCAGAAGUUUGAUGAUGCUCUUUGGGCAUAUCAAGUUGCAUUCAAGACCACGAUUGGUAUGUCCCCAUAUCAAUUGGUGUUUGGAAAGUCUUUCCACCUACUAAGUGAACUUGGACAUAAGGCGUUAUGGGCAUUGAAAGCCAUGAACUUGAAUUAG